CGUUGAACAAUCAACCCAAAACCCACGCAUGAACAACCAGCCUGCGUCUGCUUCUGUUUCUGCUUCUGCUCCUGCUCUUUCUUGGUAAUUGAGCCGCAGUCAUUCCAUUCAUUACUCCAUUCUUGUUGAUCCCUUUUCUGGGUCUCUGUGUUUCAAGGUAUUCUGUACUAUUUAUUCAAAAAGUUUCAUACUUUCCGUAGCAGUAACCUAGUGUUGAAUUUUCCGGGUUUGUUUGUUAUAAAAGAGAAAUUCUUGUGUUAUUGGAUUGAAUAUGGUGACGUGGGUAUUGGGUAGCCUUGAAUUUGGAUUGGUAUAGUUCAUUGGGCUUGUGGUUGAAUCGGAUGUUUAUCUGUAGAAAUUGGGUAUAUAGGAUCAAGUAUGAGCUUGAGGAUAUUUGAUUGUUGAGGUUGAUUCUUUGUUAUAUAUUUGGGUAAAGGAGGAGGUCUUGACAAGGUUUGGAUUGGUUUUGGUUCUGGAGGGUUUUGGAGGGGAUAUUUAUUGUAUAUAGUGCAAAAUGGGUUUGAUAUGUGGCAAGCCUUCUGCGGUCGAAGAUAGCCGGGAAAGCCCACCAAAAAGAUCAUCUUUGGCUUCAAGUAAGAGACACUCGGACAUCAAGAUUCCACGGUUGAAUUCUUCUAAGAGAGAGGUUGUUCGUAGUAAAGAUAGGUUGGAUGGUGGUGCUGCAGCUGGUGCUGCUGUAAAAGUUAUGUUGAUUGACAAGGCAAUCAAUGGUUCUGUGCGAUUAUAUGAUGACCAGAAUAAGAGUAAGAAGAUAGAAAAUGCUGGGAUUACUGUUCUUGAUCAUCCGGGUUCAAGAAGAAUUCCAAAGGUUACUGUGGCUGAGCAGGUAGCGGCUGGGUGGCCUGGUUGGCUCUCUACAGCUGCACCUGAAGCUAUCGAUGGCUGGAUACCUCGUCGUGCUGAUACUUUCCAGAAGUUAAAUAAAAUUGGGCAAGGAACUUAUAGCAGUGUUUACAAGGCCCGUGAUGUCCUGAAUGAUAAAUUUGUUGCUUUGAAAAAAGUAAGAUUUGAUAAUCUUGACCCUGAGAGUGUCAAGUUUAUGGCAAGGGAAAUCCUUUUCUUGCGUAGGCUUGAUCAUCCCAAUGUAAUAAAAUUGGAAGGAUUGAUUACAUCUCGGACAUCUAGCAGCUUAUACCUUGUUUUUGAGUAUAUGGAACAUGAUCUUACAGGACUUGCUUCACGCCCAGGGAUUAAUUUCUCUGAACCUCAGCUUAAGUGCUAUAUGCAGCAGCUUCUGAGUGGACUUAAUCACUGUCAUAGUCAUGGUGUUUUGCACCGUGACAUAAAGGGGUCAAAUCUUCUUGUUGACAACAAUGGAAUCUUGAAAAUUGCGGACUUUGGCUUGGCCAGCUUUUAUGAUCCACAUCACAGUGUUCCACUGACAAGCCGUGUUGUAACUCUCUGGUAUCGACCUCCAGAACUUUUACUUGGAGCCUCAAAAUAUGGGGUUGCAGUAGAUCUGUGGAGCACUGGUUGCAUUUUAGGAGAAUUAUAUUCUGGAAAACCUAUCCUUCCAGGAAAAACAGAGGUGGAACAGUUGCAUAAAAUUUUUAAGCUCUGUGGCUCGCCAUCUGAGGAUUAUUGGCGGAAAUUACACUUAAGGCAUUCAACAGUGAUUAGACCCCCACAACCAUAUAGAAGAUGUGUUGCAGAGACUUUUAAGGACCUUCCUACUACUGCUCUGCAGCUUAUGGAAAGUUUACUAUCCGUGGAUCCUGCUAAUCGAGGAACUGCUGCUAUUGCUCUCAAUAGUGAGUACUUUACUACCACACCUCUGCCUUGUGAGCCUUCAAGUUUGCCCAAGUACCCCCCAAGCAAAGAGAUUGAUGCAAAACUGAGAGAAGAAGAAGCUAGAAGGCAAGGAGCAAUUGCAGGAAGGGCCCAGAAAGUAGAACUCUCAAGCAGAGGACCGCCCUCAGCAAUUUCUGCAUCAAAUGCUAAUGCUGAGUCAACUACGUCAGCACAGAAAAGACAAGGAUAUUCCAAUCCAAAUAUCCGAAGCGAAAUGUUCAAUCCUCAUAGGGAAGAAGCUGUUUCUAGCUUCAUUAUCGAUCCAACCAAACAGUUGCGAACGGAUAAAGAUGCUAGAAAGGAUUUCUCAGAGCACCGUAAUAAGAGGACUUCAGUAUCCGGACCACUCAUCCAUGGACCUGCAUGGGCUAAAUCUGGGAAGGAACUUGGUGAUUCUAAUAGAACUAACUUGUCAAAAUUAUCUGGUUUAGUUUUGGCUAGGACGACAGCUCCUUCUGAAGAUCAAAAAGAGAGACCAGGUACCUCACGGCCUGAAAUAACAAGACAAGUAGGCAGAUUUCAAGGGUCAUUUGAUGGAGAGGAUUUCACCAAAAAGCAGGAUCAGAUGCGUCACACGCAGAGAAUCCCUAGUAGUCAUCAGAUAGAAGAUGAGAAAGCAAAUCUGAGUGGCCGUGGUCCCAAGGGGAACAAAAUUUAUGUCUCUGGCCCAUUACUUGUUUCGUCAAACAAUGUUGACCAGAUGCUUAAAGAGCAUGAUCGCCGGAUCCAAGAAUAUGCUCGACGAGCGCGACUUGACAAGACUAGAUCUGGGAAGCAAGGGACGGGAAACUCAUCGUCUGCUUCAAGGCAUUGAGCUGUAUGAGCUAUGCAAUCGAACACAUGUAUUCACUGUUCUCAUCAAGUGUUGAGUGUGGAGCAUUGAGCUGGAUCCCUGGAUCCCCUUGACCCUAUAAAACACAUGCACAGGAGAAGAGAGAGAGCUAAGCUCCCCUCUAAUAUGGUAUUGUACCCUGUAUAGUAAGUACACUGAUGUAUAAGAGUACUGUAUUGCUUCAUCACAUAGUGCUUUACUUGGUAACUGGUAAGAAGAAAUAUCCGAACGGCCAAAUUUUGUGCUGUUGUAACCAGUCGCAUACUUCCCAGUUAGAAAGAAAAAAAAGGAGCGUCCAUAAUUUUGAUAGUUCCCCAUAUUGGUACAUAUAGCAAGUUUAUGUUGGAAACCUGGGACCUUUGUAUUAUUUUUGUUAUACUUGGGGACCCGAGUAUGAAUUCUAGUUUCCUGCAAUGAGAAUGCUCUGGUUGAGGUUUGAUUGGU